CUGCGGGAGGAGCCGCCUGGGAGCCGGCGGCCCCGAGGCCCCCGGGCGUGGAGGCGGGGGGCUCCGGCCCCCGAGGGGGCCGCCGCCGCGAUGGGCAACCUGGAGAGCGCCGAGGGGGGCCCGGGCGAGCCGCCCUCCGUGUCGCUGCUGCCGCCGCCGGGCAAGAAGCCGAUGCCGGAGCCCUGCGAGCUGGAGGAGAGGUUCGCGCUGGUGCUGAGCUCCAUGAACCUGCCUCCCGACAAGGCCCGGCUCCUGCGACAGUAUGACAAUGAGAAGAAGUGGGAUCUCAUCUGUGACCAGGAAAGGUUCCAGGUGAAGAAUCCUCCCCACACCUACAUCCAGAAACUCCAGAGCUUCCUGGACCCCAGUGUAACCCGGAAGAAGUUCAGGAGGAGAGUGCAGGAGUCAACCAAGGUACUGAGGGAGCUGGAGAUCUCACUGCGGACCAACCACAUUGGAUGGGUGCGGGAGUUUCUGAAUGACGAAAACAAAGGCCUGGACGUGCUGGUGGAUUACCUGUCCUUCGCCCAGUGUUCUGUCAUGUUUGACUUUGAGGGUCUGGAGAGUGGUGACGAUGGUGCCUUUGACAAGCUUCGCUCCUGGAGCAGGUCCAUCGAGGACCUGCAGCCCCCCAGCGCCCUGUCCGCCCCCUUCACCAACAGCCUCGCUCGCUCUGCACGCCAGUCUGUGCUCCGAUACAGCACCCUCCCGGGGCGCAGGGCCCUGAAGAACUCGCGCCUCGUGAGCCAGAAGGACGACGUCCACGUCUGCAUCCUCUGCCUCAGGGCCAUCAUGAACUACCAGUAUGGAUUCAACCUGGUCAUGUCCCACCCCCACGCUGUCAAUGAGAUCGCGCUCAGUCUCAACAACAAGAACCCCAGAACCAAAGCCCUUGUCCUGGAGCUCCUGGCAGCCGUGUGUUUGGUGCGGGGAGGUCAUGAAAUCAUUCUUGCCGCCUUUGACAAUUUCAAAGAGGUCUGCAAGGAGCUGCAUCGCUUUGAGAAGCUGAUGGAGUAUUUCCAGAAUGAGGACAGCAACAUCGACUUCAUGGUGGCCUGCAUGCAGUUUAUCAACAUUGUGGUACACUCAGUGGAGGACAUGAACUUCCGGGUCCACCUGCAGUAUGAGUUCACCAAACUGGGGCUGGAGGAGUUCCUGCAGAAGUCACGGCACACGGAAAGCGAGAAGCUGCAAGUACAGAUUCAGGCCUACCUGGACAACGUGUUUGAUGUCGGGGGGUUAUUGGAGGACGCGGAGACCAAGAACGUGGCCCUAGAGAAGGUGGAGGAGCUGGAGGAGCAUGUGUCCCAACUUACAGAGAAGCUUCUGGAUCUAGAGAAUGAGAACAUGAUGCGGGUAGCAGAAUUGGAGAAACAGCUGUUGCAGCGGGAGAAGGAACUGGAGAGCAUCAAGGAGACGUACGAGAACACCAGCCACCAGGUCCACACCCUGCGGCGGCUCAUUAAGGAGAAGGAGGAGGCCUUCCAGCGCCGCUGCCACCUGGAGCCCGGGGCCCGGGGCCCGGAGGCGGCGGGCAGUGAGGCCCUGGCCCGAGUGGGCCCUGCGGAGCAGAGCGAGGGCCUGCCGCCCUCCGAACUGGACCUCCUGGCUCCUGCCCCGGCCCCCGAGGAGGCCCUACCUCUGCCUCCACCACCAGCCCCUCCCUUGCCCCCUCCACCGCCCCCAUUACCAGGCAAGUGUCCUCCAGCCCCUCCUCUCCCUGGCGCUGCGCCCUCUGUGGUAUUGACAGUAGGCCUGUCAGCCAUUCGCAUCAAGAAACCUAUCAAGACCAAGUUCCGGCUGCCUGUCUUCAACUGGACAGCGCUGAAACCCAACCAGAUCAGUGGCACGGUUUUCAGUGAACUCGAUGAUGAAAGGGUCUUGGAGGACCUGGACCUGGAUAAGUUUGAAGAACUGUUCAAGACAAAAGCUCAGGGCCCUGCACUUGACCUCAUCUGUUCCAAGAACAAGACAGCUCAAAAGGCUGCCAGCAAGGUUACCCUGUUGGAGGCCAAUCGUGCCAAGAAUCUGGCAAUCACCCUGCGCAAGGCUGGCCGCUCAGCUGAGGAGAUCUGCAGGGCCAUCCACACGUUCGACCUCCAGACGCUGCCUGUGGACUUCGUGGAGUGCCUGAUGCGCUUCCUGCCGACGGAGGCCGAGGUGAAGCUGCUGCGGCAGUACGAGCGGGAGCGGCAGCCCCUGGAGGAGCUGGCCGCCGAGGACCGCUUCAUGCUUCUCUUCAGCAAGGUGGAGCGGCUCACCCAGAGAAUGGCGGGCAUGGCUUUCCUGGGGAACUUCCAGGACAACCUGCAGAUGCUCACGCCGCAACUCAAUGCCAUCAUUGCCGCCUCCGCGUCAGUCAAGUCCUCACAGAAACUGAAGCAGAUGUUGGAGAUCAUCCUUGCGCUGGGGAACUACAUGAACAGCAGCAAGCGGGGAGCCGUGUAUGGCUUCAAGCUCCAGAGCCUGGACCUGCUGCUGGACACCAAGUCCACUGACAGGAAGAUGACCUUGCUACAUUUCAUCGCCUUGACCGUGAAGGAGAAAUACCCAGAGCUGGCCAACUUCUGGCAUGAGCUGCACUUUGUGGAGAAGGCUGCGGCAGUGUCCCUGGAGAACGUGCUGCUGGACGUCAAGGAGCUGGGCCGGGGCAUGGAGCUGAUUCGGCGUGAGUGCAGCAUACACGACCACAGCGUCCUUCGGAGCUUCCUCGGCACCAACGAGGGCAAACUGGACAAGCUGCAGCGCGAUGCCAAGACAGCUGAGGAGGCCUACAAUGCUGUUGUUCGCUACUUCGGUGAGAGUCCCAAGACCACGCCUCCUUCUGUGUUCUUCCCAGUCUUUGUCCGGUUCAUUCGUUCUUACAAGGAAGCGGAGCAGGAGAACGAAGCUCGCAAGAAACAGGAGGAGGUCAUGCGGGAGAAGCAGCUGGCUCAGGAAGCCAAGAAGCUGGAUGCCAAGUCCCCAUCCCAGCGGAACAAGUGGCAGCAGCAGGAACUGAUCGCAGAGUUGAGGCGGCGCCAAGCCAAGGAGCACCGGCCUGUCUACGAAGGGAAAGAUGGCACCAUCGAGGACAUUAUCACAGUGCUGAAGAGUGUCCCUUUCACGGCCCGCACUGCCAAGCGGGGCUCACGCUUCUUCUGUGAUGCAGCCCAUCAUGAUGAGUCAAACUGUUAGCCCUUGGACAGGCCUUCAUCACCAGCCCAUUGCCGUCCGCCACCAAGCCAGGAGUGCUGCCGCGUCCAGUGCCCUCCCUCGGGCUCCCGGCCCCCACUGAGACCCUCGUGGUGGCAGAAGCACUUCAGCUCCCUGAGUCCUGCCAGCCCCAGCAUCAGCCCAGGCCCCACGCAGAGAUGCUGCUCUUGCCCGUGUGCAGCCCACCGUGGGCACUGGGUCUUCUGGGCUCCGGCACUUCCCUGGGCCUCCAGUACUGCACUUUGCCCUCAGUCUUCAACUUCAUUCCCUGCAGGGCCCCUCGGCUGGAGAAAACCAGCCCCAGCGCAGACGCAAAUAGCAUCAGAGACC